AUGGCAGGGAGUAGUCGAUUGAAAAGAAAUGAUAAGCCUUCAAUCAGAUACAGGCAUAAUCCACUCAAUGUGGCUUCCUUUGAGCUUUCUGAUUUUGAUCAUGUUGCUAAUCCUAUCACUUCAUCGGAAAAUGAUAAGUGUACCCCUAAAAAUUCUGAGAUCAAAUCUUCCGAGAUAUUGAGCACAACCGAGCUAAUUUCUGCAGCAAGUUAUAUAUGGGAUCGUGUAAGUCAGCCCCUGUCUAUUCUUCUUCCAAAAACUAGUUCCAGAUACAAUGCUGAUGUCUGUCAGGGAGGUGACAAAACUCACUGUUCUAGCAAUGAAGUAACUUUCUGUACAUCUGCUUCUGCUGAUCAAUAUUUUGCUGUCAAUGUGACUAGUAAAACAGAUUCUGCAUCAGUUGUGUCAACAAAUCUUGAAUGUUUUAGUGUGAUCCAGAAGAUUUCUUGCUUUCAACCUAGUUCUGAAAGUUAUCUAUUGAGCAUUCUUCAUGGUAGGUAUACCACAACUCACGAGUCUUGCAAAGAGAAACAUCUUUCAGGUAUAGGAAUAGCGCAUAAUUUGUGUAGCAUAUAUGGAUGGAUGAGUGAAAUAGCUCUUGCAAAACCUACGGAGCUGGUAAAUUCUGUGAGGAUCAAGUACAGGGGGUCAAGUGACUGUUAUGUUGGCAACUCUUCAAGUAGUCCAGCCAGUGGCUGCAUGUCUACUAACGCAACUGGUACAAAUAGUUUGGUCUUUCUGAAUUCUGAUUAUAAUGCUGAAGCAGCAGCAGCCGUAGGUUCGUUAUUAAGUGUAGAUGGCCAGUUUGACUUGAAUGCAUCUAAAUUUUCUUCAUGCUUAGAAAUUGCUACCAGUCCCCAAGAGGUUGAAGAAAGUGAAAAGGAAACCAACUGCCGAUGUGAGCAUCUAAACAAUCAAGAGAUAAAUUCUAUCAAAGGGGACUCUUCUGAUGUGGAACUUUGUUUGUGGACAAAGGAAAAACCUCAUUAUGCACUUGCCAAGCAAGAGCACGCUUUUGCAGGAGCAAUGGCUGGGAUAUUUGUCAGCCUUUGUCUACAUCCAGUGGACACUGUUAAGACCGUUCUUCAGUCUUGCCCCAUAGAUCAGAAACCCCUUCACCGCAUAGGCAGAUCUAUUAUUUCCGAAAGAGGUGUAAUGGGACUUUAUCGUGGCAUUUCCAGCAAUAUUGCUUCUUCAGCGCCAAUUUCUGCUAUCUACACUUUCACAUACGAAUCAGUGAAAAGUACUUUGGUUCCCUUUUUCCCCAAGGAAUAUCAGUCUUUGGCUCACUGCGUAGCUGGGGGUUGUGCAAGUAUUGCUACAUCAUUCAUUUUCACUCCAAGUGAUCGAAUAAAGCAGCAGAUGCAAGUUGGUUCACACUACCGGAACUGCUGGAAUGCCUUGAUAGAGAUUAUUCAGAAAGGUGGUUUGUCUUCAUUGUAUGCUGGAUGGGGAGCUGUACUUUGCAGAAACAUUCCACACUCUGUCAUCAAGUUCUAUACAUAUGAAAGACUGAAGCAAUCGAUGUUGCCAUCAGAUCAAACAAAUGUUCAACCUAAUACAUUAGUCACGCUAGUUUGUGGAGGACUGGCUGCAUCUACAGCUGCAUUAUUUACGACUCCAUUUGAUGUUGUCAAAACGAGAUAUCAAACUCAGAUUCCAGGAUCUGUCAACAAAUAUGAUGGUGUAUACAACACGCUUAAAGAAAUAGCAAAGCGUGAAGGCUUGAAAGGUCUCUACAGGGGUUUGACUCCAAGAUUGGCAAUGUAUAUGACUCAAGGAGCACUCUUCUUUGCAUCAUAUGAAUCUUUCAAGAGGUUAAUAUCUUUGGAGGUUCCCCAACUGAAUCCUCUGCCAAUCCAGCUUGAACAAAGCGCUGAAGACGAUUCAGUAGCAUUGGAUUCACCUGUCUCAGUUACGGCAUGA